ACUUUUCUAUUCAUACGCUGUCUAGUACUCUACUAAAUAGCCCGAUGGAAACCAACAAAAAUAUGGCACCAAAUAGGCCAACAGCUGGAGGCAUCAUCUCUUCAUCUUCAAGAGGCAGAGGAAGCCACCCAAUCCUCACAUCCACUGGUGGCCGAGGAAUCUCAAUGAUACUGGGGAAGAUGUUGACUGAGAACAAAGUGGCGGUCGCAAAAGCAGCAGGGGCAGCUCGAUAUGCCUGGGGAAGCUAUGGCGAGGUGAACAUCCAGCCUACAGAAACUCCAAACUUAUUUAUCUUCACAUUCAACAAAACGGCGAUAAGGGAUAAAGUCUGGAUGGAUAGGCCAUGGAGCUUAUCAAACACACUCACUGCAAUCGAAAAAUACAGUGGACGAGGGAAGCCAAAAGACGUACCAAUCGUGAAGGUCGCAAUGUGGGUUCAAAUACAUGGCUUGCAUCAUAAUCAAAGGAACGAGCGGAAUAUGGAGGCCAUAGGCUCCUCCUAUUUCUUGGAACUCUUUGAUCUGGACAGGGCUAGCCUGGAUUAUGCUGGAUACAGAAGAUUCCGGAGAAUCUUGGUGGAGGUUGAUCUCAGGGAGCCAGUUCCAACUGGGUUCGAUUUUCCUUUCCUAGAUGAAACCACAGGUAUAGACUACUGUGAUGAGAUUACUUUCAAGUAUGAAAGGUUGGUAGAAUUAUGCUACUUCUGCGGCAGAAUAGGGCACAACUGGCCCACUUGCUGGAGGAUGAAUGAAGAGAGGAAGAAGAAUGGAGUAGCUCACCUGUCGGAGAUCUAUAACUCAUCGCUCAAAGCAGGAAUAGACUCCCCACACAGACCUAGCUCGACCAACUUCAGAGUCAGUGGUGAAAGCAAAGGUAAACAUAGCUCGAUGGGGGAAAGGGAAGGUUCGAGAUCCGGAGGUGGAUACCGAAGGGGAGAAGAAGGAGCAGGAGGCUCGGCGGAAGAGAUUGGAAACCAAUCGGAGAGGAGCCAUCGUGUUCCCCCAGGGUUCACGAUACCGAGAAUUGAAAAUCAUCAAUCGCAGAAGGAGGCUCAGGCUAAACAAGGAAGAUUGAAAGGGAGGUUUAGAGUCGAAAUGGGGGCGAGGAACCUGGCCAGCGAUAUGGAUAGAGGUUGGAAGAGAGUGACCAGGAGCAACGUCGUCAAACGGAGGAGGUGGAAACUACCCUUACCCUUGGGCCGAGUCAACAGGAGGCACCAGGGCUGCUCUUUAGUGAAAUUGGCCAGGUCUCUCUAGCCCAUUACUAGCAUAUUAAUGAGGCUUUAGAAGAAGAAACGGGCCGGCAGAUGAAGAAAAGAAAGGGAACAAGUCAAGGGAGUGGGGACAGGCCCAGGUCCGAUAGUAAUGUUGAUGAUGGGUUUUCUUUCAGCCCAGAAGGUGCUAUGUUUUUUGGGGGGCCUGGAGGAAAGAAUAGAAAGAAGAAGAUGCAGAGGCCAAAGCAUCACCAAGGGGAAGCAGUCUGAUCAAGUUCCAACAGAACAAGGAAGGGAUACAAGGGCAGUGGUGGUUCGUCAUAAGCCACCUCAUCUGGAAUGAGUAUAGUAAGUUGGAAUUGUAGGGGAUUUGGCCCAUCCCUUACAAGAAGUUAUGCUAAGUGAUUGUGUCGUCGCUUGGGCCCCUCUAUCAUUUUUCUUAUGGAAACAAGCAAGAACAAGGAGUUUAUGGAGGAACAAAGGAGAAGUCUGAAA